UAUAAACAAAAAUGAUCUUUGAAAAAGUUCUCCUGCGGCUUUAGGCUUUGUUUAUUUACAUCUUUCAGAACUAACCUUAAAAUCUAAGAAACUUUUCUGCAAUUUUCUCAAACUGCCCCCGAAAAAAGAUCAAUAAUAUCCACCACCUUCUACAAUGCGCAUGUUUCGAAAAUACAACCCCCUGUUACUUCUCACCCCCUGUGUACAGUGGUUUUCAAUGGAUCUCAAUCUAAUCAAUAAAAGAUGUAACUCCAAAACGUUUAUAUUUUAAAUACGUAAAAAUGAAAACAUGCAUUCUUCUGAGUGUCGGUUUGUAUUUCAAAUUUGAAGAAUAAUUGGCCUCUUCAAAUUGACCAAAAUAUUCAAAAUGCAAACUUUGAGGAAGAAAACAAGCCCCUUCAAAUACAAGCAUGAGACCUCCAGGUUUGGAGGUGAAGGACAAUGUUUUAAAGCAAAACUUAUUGGAAUAUUGGAAGUUUCCGAGGCUAGGGGGGACAGAAUGUGCCAAGAAGCUCUUUCAGAUCUCAAAAUGGCUAUCAGAGCAGCUGGUGAACAUAAACAGAGAAUUACUGUCCAUAUUGCUCUAGAUGGUUUGAGACUACGAGAUGAAAAGACUGGUGAUUGCUUGUACCAUCAUCCAGUACAUAAGAUUUCAUUUAUUGCUCAAGAUAUGACAGAUUCUAGAGCAUUUGGCUAUAUUUUUGGAUCUCCAGAUACUGGUCAUAGAUUUUUUGGAAUAAAGACUGAUAAAGCUGCUAGUCAGGUUGUUAUUGCCAUGAGAGAUCUCUUCCAAGUUGUUUUCGCUUUGAAAAGAAAAGAAAUAGAGUUAGCCAAACAACAUCUGGAGAAAAACUGUCUUUAUAACUCACCACUAUUUUCUGACAGUUCCAGUAAUAAGAGUGUGACUCCAGAACUUCCUGCAAAAUAUGAAGCCAUCAAGGGGGAUAGUAAAACUGUUUCUAAUUCCGCCGAGGGUAAGAUGAGUGGCACAGCUGUAGCGAAUUUGGUGGAUCUACAAUUGGAAUUGAAUAGCCUUCAACAAGGGCUUAAUCAGAUGGAGAAAAUCACUCCUUCUGAACCCUUUGGGUCUAAGGAUGAUCCUUUCGGGGACAGUUUCACAUCCUUCCCGAAUCCUAUACUUCCUCCACCACCAUCCUCUGGCAAAGAAAGGGGUUCUAGGACGUCAGAUUCAAGUAAUCUAUUCAGUCCGAAGACGCCUCAUACUGGAGACAGUUUAGCCACUUCAAGUGGGCUUGAUUCUUAUUCCUUCACAAGUAUGCCAACAACUGAUUUCAAAUUCUCCAGAGAUUUUAGUAGCAGCCAUGAAGAACCCAGCAGUGGAGAGUGGUUCACUCCUUCUAACAGCUUAUUCGAAGAUUCAACUCUGUUAUCGGAUACAGCUCAGAAGGAAACUAAAGAAGAUAAAUUGGAACAGACAAAAAAAGAAAUAUUAUCUCAGUUUGACGUUUUUACAGAGUUAGAUCCUUUGGGUACAGGUAGAAGUAAGCCCUAUAUUGAUAAGAAACAUUUCUUUCAAGAGCUCAAAAAUCCGCCUAAAAAAGUACUCAACGAUCUGGUGCAACAAAAUCAGACCGAUGUCAAAGAGAAGGGCUCUAAAAUGGCCAACGUGAGCACCACUCCUAAGAGUUUGAGCGAUUUCGAAACAGAUCCAUUUGGCGAAGAUCCUUUCGUGUCUUUAGAUCCGUUCGCCGAGGCGGAGUUCAAGCAAGACCCCUUCGAGAAAGAUUUCAACGAAUACAAGAAGAACAAGAUAGAUGUUGGAUUUUUAACUAGGCCUCUUUCGAAAUCCCCUAAUUCCUGCGCUCUGAGCACUAUAUCUUUGACCGGAGGGUCUUUCAAGAACGUGCAAUUCAAAGAGAGUCUGACCUGUGGGAAAGAUGAAGAGGUGAAAGAUGAAAGUGCUCCAGAGCCACCUCCACGUCCGGACACGGCUAUACUGCAGAUAAAACCGCCACCUCUUCCUCCUAAGAAACAAGCCAAUGAUUUGUUGGUGAAACCUCCCCCAAGGCCGCCUCAUGUUGAGGAUUCUUUAUAUGGUUACAUGGAUAACUACGCUACGGUGUCUAGUACUUUCAGUUCUUCCAUUGGUGUGGAGAGGAGUCCGGCCUUGCCGAUUCCCAUGCGUAAAUCGAGGUUUGACAAUGAUGCUACAGCUCCAGACAGACCGGCUAAACAAGGGUUGGUCAAUAGUUUCGAAGAUGAUUACCUCACUCCCAUACAGUUUUCGAAGCCGGGACAGUAUAACCUUCCAACUAACUCCUUGCUGUUACCUUCGACUAACUUGAGUAAAUCCCCACUUAAUACUCAGAACGUUACAGCAAGUUCGAACAAUCUCGCGAAGGAAACAAGUGGCGUAACUGAAGGUUUAAGUGAGAGUCUAGAUGGAUUGGAUAUCACCCUGAGCCAGUUGACCCUGAGCGGUUUGAACGAGUUGGCCGUGAAACUCAACAUACCAACCACUCAGCUGAGCAACAUGACCUUGGUACAAUUGACCGAGUACCUGUCUAACGUCAUCAAGUCGAAAUCAAAGGCCGCUGAGAACGCCGUCGAGAAGGAAAAAGUAAACGAGACCAUCGAAUUCCCAGCAUUUCAAGCUGACUUCGAAACGAAUUUCGAGGGUGGUAAGACUGUCAACACGGGGACGUACGAUAGAUACGCCGUUUUUAGGGAACUGAUCAACGAAGAGAUCAAACAGACUAAGAUAGACACCGAACCGCAGGAGUGCGAGGAGGUUAAGUUGGAGGAAAAAGUGGAUUUGCCUCCCAGAGAGGUCAAGACUCUGAUUAGCGACAGCAAGACGGCGGAGGAUAGGUACGCCGCGUUGAGGGAGAUAGUCGAGGAAGAAUUGAUGAAGAACGAGAACAAAAUAAUCGAACAAAACGAAGAAGUGCCUUCCGAAGAAAAUCAGGAAUUCGAAAAAAUCGGAGAGAGUGACGUUAGAAAGGAGGAGGAAAGUGUGGAAGCUUGCGAACAAAGGGGCGCAGACAAUGAGAAGAAUGCGAAACUGGAUUCUCCCAAGUCGCCCCAUAAGAUACUCUCUAAGAGUCCGAUUUCCAACGUUAUCACGGAGAUAAUACAGACGAAUACUAGAUUGAAUUCGGGAUCUUUGUCUGACAUCAUUAGUGGGAGCUCUCCGGAGGUGGACAAUAUCAUGGGAAGCUCGGAGAUGGGAAACAAGGAUACGGAAGCGACUGGAGAGAGUUGGGCAAUCUUCGACCAAACGAACGCCCCCCAGGUGUCCGUGAGGGAAAAGCAGGCCGUUCAAAGCGAGGAAGGCCUCUCCUGGUCCAGCGACUCCAAGGACGGCAACGGUUCGCCCUCGGAUUACAGAAAAGGGGACUCUGAGAGCGGUGGCGACCGCUGGUCUCGAAAGCCCGGCAAGAAGGAUCAGGAGGGAUGGUGGGAUACCUCGGCAGAGCCAGAAAUGCCGUACAGCUCCUCGAACAGAAGAUCCACGGAUAGCUACGACGACGAGUACUACGAGUGCUACGAGAGACCCAGACGCAGGAGACAGGGCGGAUGGGUGGCGCACGGCGGCGGGGGUGGUCAAGUGGCUGGAGGACACUCCUCCAGUUCUAGAGACGUGAGCCCCUGGGAGGAGGAGCCGAAGAGGAGAGAACCGAGGGAGAGCAGGAGCGCCGAGAGGAUCGGCUGGUCCAGGUCUUCGAAGCAGCAGUUCGAUAGGUACAGGGAGAGGAGACACACCGACAGCUGGGACGAGGAGGACGAGUACGAAUACGACGACCCUAGGAAGUUCCAUUGGUCGGAUAAGUACGGCAAUAGGGAAUCCGACAGAUUCUGCGCAGGAGGUAGGGAUGUGGACAAUGAGCCGAGGGGGAGGUGGAACGACGACGAUAGGAGACGUAGAAGAAGAAGAGAGAGCGAUCGGGAUCAUCGCUGCUGUCCGGAUUGGGAAGAAGAAGAACUUGACAAACCUUCGGGAAGAUACAGCAGUUCCGGAAGAUGGUCGAGCGCCAGCACGCCGCCCGGUCAGGGAAAGUGGAGGGACCGAAAACACGACGAUCGGUAUUACAGCAGGGAGGAGUCUCCCUGGGAGGACGAGUAUCCCCUGGAGAAGGAAGAGACGCAUCCCUCGCAUUACGUACAGUCCAAGCGGAAUUGGAAACGGCCGAACAGCGCGUCGGAGAUGGAGAGAAAGAUCGGAGAUUUCAAAUCGAGGCAUUUAGCGGGGAGCGACGGCGAACGCGACAAGCGUUACAAGGGCGGCCGACGGUCCAGAAGCAGGGAUUCCCAGUACUCGGAACCGGUGUACAGACACAAGCCCGACACCGGGUCCCUGACCAGGGACGGCUACAAGACCAAGCCGCACGGCCCGUACGUCAAGCCCCAGUUCGAAUCGGACUUCUCCGACGUCCCUGCGCCCAAGAAGCAACUGGACAACAGCCCGUCCGACCUGAAGAAGUCCUUCACGAUGCAGAGCCGCAAGAAGAAGGACGGUCCGAAGGCGGAAGAGAACACCAACACGUUCCCCAGGAAAUCGUCGUCCAAGCCCAAGCAGAGCUUCGACAACAACUUCCAGCCGGAGCUUCGAGGUCGCGAGAACGACUUCAAGGUCGACGGCGAGGUCAACGUGACGGCCAAGACGGCCAAGCUGAAGCAGCAGCUGUCUAUGAUCGAGUUGCAGAGGAAGGGGCCGAAGGACGCGAAGCCUCGCCCGUAUCAGAACCGCUCGAAGUCCCUGUUCGAGGACGAUUUCUCGAUGGACAAGAUCCAUCAUCCUUCCGAUGACAAUUCCAUAUCGGUGAUCAAGGAGGAGGAGAACGACACCUUCGAGUUCGGCCAGCACUCGAACAGGCUGAGCAAGAGGCUGUCGGGGGUGCUCAGGGCCGACCUGAAGAAGUCCGAAUCGGUCAACAUAUUCUCGAGGGAGAACGACCCGUUCGACGACGACUUCUUCUGCGAGGACGCGGGCGAUGUGCAUAUAUUCGGCGAUAGUGAUAAAAAAGAUUUAAAAAAUGGUGAUAGUAAAUGGACUGAAGAUUGAUACUACUUAGGCAAUUUAGAAUACUCGAAUCGAUGUGUUUUCAAAACCUGAGACUUUGUUCCAGAGCGGGCCGGGCUUCACGAAAUUAUCUUUUGGUGCCUUAGUCUCAAUUUGAGUAGUGCUGAGGUUUCGGAUGGUCCGAAAUCGCGUUUUUUUCUUUUUGAGGAACGUUGUUCUGCAUACGAAACGACGGCGAUGGGUGGAAUUUCCGUUUCGGAAAAAAUGGUAAAGGAAAAAGUUUUUCUUUUGACCUCAAGAAUAUACUGAUUAAGAGUCAAAGACUCAGCCUGUAUAGUAGGCCCUUUCCCGGCCUAUUUUGCUUAAAAAGUCGUAAUGAAAUGAAUUUCAUAGAUAUCGACGCCAAAAACACUUCGCUAUCGAUGAAUUGAAUCGGUACUACCCACCCCUGUCUCGCUAUCGAUGAGUUGAAUCGGUUCUACCCACCCCUGUCUCGCUCUCGAUGAGUUGAAUCGGUACUACCCACCCCUGUCUGUGAUCGGUGCUAAUCACAGAACAUUUUUGUCAGUUUUGCGACCUCAGAUCAAUUUUUUAUUGAGUUUUUUAUUGAUCUGAGUUUGCGACUGACAUAGAUUUGUUAAUUAGUCCA